ACUUUGGCCUGCCCUGGUAUCGGCCAUCAGACGACUAAUUGCCGCCAUGGAGGGGAUUGUCCUAUUAGCAUUGCCAAAUAAAUACUAACUAGCCUUGAUCAGUAGUUUGAUCAUAAAACAGUGUCCUCUACAUGACGCACAGCACAUUUAGCUAUCAACUUCGCCCUAUGAGAGAAGCUUCGAUCUUUCGUUGAGGCACCCUUGGGACUCUGACGUCCAUUCUUUGUUGGGUAAUGCCAUACGCAGACAUAUGAGAUACGUUCACCACUCUGACACUCAAUCAUCUUCACUUCCUUGCGGGUAUUUCUAGACAUGCUAUUCUUUUUCAAAUCUAGGAAAGCAAAGAAAGCUAAAGAGGAGCAUGAAAGACAGGCCAAAAGUAAUGCAUCACCUGCACCUUACAAGCAUAUCCCAACGCAUGCUGGGCGAGAUGCCCUCGCUGCUACCCCAGCAAGCUGGAGUAAAGAAGAAGCUAGAAAACGAAUUGCAUCUGCUCAACAGAUAAGAAAUACAAAUGACUCUUCUAUGACAGCUACCAACUCCAGCACUGGUAGCGCUGAGUCUAGUCUAAGUUUUUCCAUUCUUGGUCCGCAGAGUGGUCUCUCUAUUGAUUCAGUAAUGGUUGCGCAACAUCCACGAUCGAUAAUAUAUACACAGCCACCACUGUCCCAGCGAAAUCACGGCACAGCGUCUACAACUACUCGCAACACACACUCUACGCCAACAAGACCUCCAGUCCCUUCGAUGCCAAAGCACCGGCUCAAAUACGGUCAUGUGACAAAAUCCCUUGGAAAGGGUGAAGGGAGAAGAAAAAGUCCACUUUCAGAAUCAUCAAUAGAACGUGAUGUUCAAAACGCACACGGCUCGCAAGGUUCGAGCAUGUCAUAUCCUUCGUCGGAAUCAUUUUAUUCCUCCCUGGGCAGCAGUACCACAAGCAGUCGGCAUCCACCACCAAUGCAUCAAAAUUACUCACUGCCAACCUUUUGUCAGCCAAAGGGAAAGUCAACAACCCUUCCCUCUGAAUUUGCCGAUGAGUCCAGCGACCUACAGAAGGAUGACGGCCUUCACCAACUAUAUGAAGAUAUCUCAGUCGAUGCAGAGGCAGCUUUAGAGUGCGAUCAUGUAUCUCGUCCAUCUUCAAGAUGUUCAACUCGGUCCGGUCUCGAAUUCAACGGCCCACAUACUAUGUAAACACAACAAAGCCCAAAUUUAUCAAUGAGUACGGCUUCAAGAAGCCAUGGAGAUGGAAUACUUCUCAUACUUGUACCAAAUCUUGAUCGAAUACAUUUAAAUGCUUUAUCUGGAUUUGUCAUUUUACGUUAUACAUGCAAUGUGUACAUAUAUUCAUCCUACCUUUGUAGUUC